UAAGUCCUCCCGGCCGCGGGGUGUCGCUGCGGGGUCGGCCUAGCGAGAGAUGGGAGGAGAGCGCCGGCGGGAGGAGUGUGUUUUGGACGCUCGUGGAGGGCUUCUCCGGGUUGUCUUCCCCGGCGCGGCGGCGGCAGCAACAGCAGCGGCGGCGCGUCCCCGNUCGGCUUCGGGAUGGCGGUGACGAAGAAGCUGGCGAUCCGCUUGGCCUACGCGGCGGCUGGGACGAUUUCGGGGCUGUCGGUCUUUCUCGCCUGGAACCUGGCCCCGAGCCUCCGACAACCGUGCACCGCUGCCGCCGGAGGUCUCUCGGGUGUGCUGGCUCUCUGGGCCCUGAUCACGCACGUGAUGUAUGUGCAGGAUUACUGGAGGACUUGGUUAAAAGGGUUGAGGUUCUUCCUCUUUGUCGGCGUUCUUUUUGGAAUUCUUUCUGUGGUGGGAUUCUGCACAUUCCUAGCCAUGGCCAUCACACAACACCAGUCCCUAACAGAUCCAAAGAGCUACUACCUCUCCUGCGUCUGGAGUGUCAUCUCCUUCAAGUGGGCUUUCCUUCUCAGCUUGUACUCCCACCGGUACAGGAAUGAGUUUGCUGACAUCAGCAUUCUCAGUGACUUCUGAGGCCUUGGACCUCUUAAUCCCACCCAGGGAAGGCCUGAGGAUGGACCGUGGAGCAGAUCUGCUCAGUCCCGCUCUCUCGGAGUCAGGGACAGGCACUGAAGAAGAGGCCCCUGGCAGAAACCCAUCCCACCACUGCCUCUUUGCUGCCGGUUUCAUUGCGGGCUCUUGCUUUUGAUCCAGUCACCUGCUCUUUGGGCUAGUUCUGUCAGUUUUGUGUGUGUGUGUGUGUGUGUGUGUGUGUGUCUGUCUGUGUGUCCCUGAGAAUCUUAUCCUUGUUUUGAGGGAUUAUUUGACAUGAACAACAAGAUCAUACUUUCUGGUCUGAGGCCUUCUGGGCCUCAUGCUUGUGUUUCCCUCUUUUCUCUACUCCUCUUUCUCACUCGUUCACACUUUUUAAAAUAGCCUUGAGUUAAAAUUCAGAAGCCCUGGAGAAAAUGGCAUUUUUGACCCAGGGCAUCUUUUCUAGCCUGUUAUUUUUAAUGACAUAUGCCACCCACCCACCGCAGCAGCCACCCCUCUUUUUUUCUUUUUUUUUCUUUGCCUGUGAAAUGCUCAACAAAGGCCGAAGAGAUGUGAAGCAAGGGCUGGCUCGUACUCCUUCCAUAUAGAUGUAUUUUCCUAGAAUGAGGCUUUUGAAUGCUACUUUGAACCAUGCUUUGGUUCUUCUCGCCUCCAUCAUGCACUUGGUGGUUGUCAAUUGUGGUGAUUUUUCACAGCUUUAGGAAGAAGGCAUCUGUGGGUUUUUGUACAUGUCACUGUCUUCUGACCCCUACCUUUUCUUCCCCUGGCACAUCUUAAGUGGCUGAGUUUGAGAUUUUUAAAGCAAAAUGUUGCCUGGGAUGAGGAGUGUUUAGCUUUCACCUGAGUUGGACUCCAGUUCUCAGAAGCCACAGCCAGCUUGGCCAAUAUUAAAAAGGACUCUGGGAGUUGAGGUUCAAAACAUCUGGAGGACCAAGUGGUUCCCAUUCGUUUUAGAAAAAACUUUAAUUGCUCUAUUGAAACUGUCCUUGAUCACUCUGUGGAAUAUGAAGGGACCUAGGAUGCUUUUUUCAGAGUAUUUCUCACUCCCUACCCCCCCAGGAUCAUUUCCUAAUAACAAGAGGGAUCUCAUUUUCUAAUCUAAAACACAUUUCACAACACUAACAAGCUUAUAUUUUAGAUUCCGAUGCUUAGAGCAGGGAGGCUGGUUCCUCUGCUUCAGAGCUGAGAUCUGGCAUCUUUUGUGGACCAACAUUGCCCCCUGUCCAUGGUGAUUCCUAGGUUGCAUUCUACUUUCUCCCCAUCUUUUUAAUGUAGAAGUUAAUAUCUUCUUUUAGAACAAAGGUGAACAACUUGGAGCCCUCUGGAUCAUGUUGAAUUGCAGCUCCCACGAGCUCUAGCCGGCACAGCCAGUGGUAAGGGAUGUAUUAGUGUUGCAGCCCCGCAACAUCCAACGGCCCGUAUUCUCAACCCAUGAUCUAGGAAGAGGGAAUGGGAGAUGAACCAGUUAGCAAGCCGCUGGUUAUUGCAAUAAAUUGUCCGUUGUCUGUGUUUUAGUGUUUUGCAGCGUCUUGUAUGUUUGAAAAGUUAGCUGUUACAGUUGGCUUUUGUUUUAAGCCAUAUGUCUGUUUAUGUGCGAUUUUAAUUGGAAGAUGUAGUCUUUUCAGAUUAAGAGCGGUUGGAAGCAGAUCGGGAGAAAUGAGGCGGGCUUCACAUCAAGCACUGGGAUGGAUGCUCAAAAUCACUUUGCUGAAUCUCUGUUGCAACUGUUACAAAAAUGUGGCACUCUUCAUGUUACCCUGAUGUUUUCUUCUGGAGUGGAGUAGGAGCAAUAUUCUGUAAUUUUUUUCCUGCCUGUUUUCCUUUUCACAUGCCAUGUUGGGAAUGAGCUGGUUAACUGGGUCUUCACAAUCACUUCCCUUCCUAAGAUCAGGCUGAGAGUUGCUAUCUGCAACCCAGGGCAAGAACGUAAAGUAAAAAAUAAAACUGAAAGUUGCUUUCUAAGGCAAGUGAAUCUAAAAUGAUCCGUAACUUAGCAGUGGCAGGAUGAUGCUCUGGGUCCCUGUUCAUCAUCAUACCAUUGUUCAGCUGAGACAUUAAAUUUAUUGGAGAGAUUAAAGGUUGCUUUCAGACUAUAGCUGCCAUAACCCGCAGCCGGUGUGGCUAUUCUUAGCAUUGUAAUCCCCCCCAAAAAACCAAAAAACAAGUAGACAAGGAAAGAUGACUUUACCCACCUUGAUGAACAGCUUUCCAGCUUCUGCCAGAGGUGAGCAUCUCCUUAGAUAAAUCAGUGCAGCAUCUUCUAAGGGAAGCCUUUCAGAACUAAGACUGCUGCCAGGAUGUCAGCGCCAGGAUUUCUUGAUCUACAUCUCUGUCUCUACAGAUAUGCAAAGGGAUAUCCCAUGCCUCUCAGCUUUAUAAGAAUAUAAAGUGUGUGUGUGAGGGGCACUCUAUAUUGAGUGUUGUGCAAUGUUAUCCAGCUUAACUAUGGUCCUAGUUGCUAAGUCCUUGGAAACAACGUAGGUUCAACCAUGCAGCCACUUGGUGGAACUGGGAGCUCUUGACCUGUUACCUGUCAACUCAUCACAGCUAUAACGUGGAUUCUAUGAAAGCUUGCUGUUUCAUCCCUGUGGAAGAAGAGAAGCAGCUGCAGCAACUCUUCCAGCCUUUUAAGGAAGAUUUUCACCCUUCAAAUGGCCACCUGGCCCUCUCAUCACCUACAGUAUGUGACGAGAAUAGUUGCACUAGGAAGGACUGUCCAGUGCUGCAUGUCUAAGAAAAUCCUUUUGAAACCAUGGAGCUUUUAAAUGUGUGAUAGCAUCCUGGUGGACUUUUGAAGAGGAGAACCUCAGGAAGGCCUUCCCACUCCUGUUGGCCAAGUACAGAAGGGGCCGAAGGACAACUCCAGUCAGCUCAUGUUGGAACAGAGCAGGAUAUAUCCAGCAGACUUAAAACUGAUUGGCUGUUGUGGCUUCUGAUGAAAGGAAGACGUGUGGGGAAAGCCGUGAUCCUUCUGUAAGACCUGCCUUAUUUCCUGUGGACUCCACCAAAGUUUCGGUACUUUGCAGGACUUGGGACAAUGUGCGUGGAUGCAAUAGUCUUGCGCUGCACCCAGGUGCUAAUUUUAAUGCUCCAAGCACCGGAAUCUAGCCCUGUUUCACUCUGCCAGCAACAAAUGUGGCGCUCCUGUGUUUGACUUUGUCUCUCUCUUAACACUGUUCAUCCAUAAUAAUGUGUGUGGAGGUGUUAGCACACAGAUGGCUCACUGGGGAGAAGAUGUCUCCCCUGCUACAUCUUAAAAGAUAUAAAAGAA